AUGAGAUUCCCAGCAAUUCUCGCGGCGUUGGUCGCCGCGACAUUCGUAGUGGCCUCACCACACCACGCUCAACUGUACUAUCAGCUCGUUACGGCCAGCGGCUCGCCCAAACCUAUGCGCCUAGCUGAAGUGCAGUUUGACCCUACGACCCCCGAAUCCGCCACCGUUCUGUCCUACGAUGCACCGGACCUACUCUUCGAGGCCGACGCCGAAACCGAAACGAACGCUGACCUCGACGCCAACCUUGUUCGCAUCGGACUCUACGACUCGAAGAAGUCGACCUGGAUAUCAUCUACUUCCGUCACCUCGGCAUCGACCUUCUCAAAGGGCUACUCGCCGCAUCUGCUCCUGACCGUCGAUACCGACGGCACGGUCCUCGGGGCUGCAGCGCGAGGCGUGCGUAUCGAUGCGGGCGUGACGAGGGAUUUCGGUCCCCAGGCCAUCGUCCAUGUCACUGGGAAGGGCAAGACACCCGAGGCGGGUAAGCCGGUUGUGUUGACGCCGGAUGGGAAGAAGCAUGUGCCGGAACAGGAAAAGUCGUUCCUGCAGAAGUAUUGGUGGGUUCUGGCCGUACUCGCCGUGUUGACCCUCGGGGGCGGCGGAGGCGACGGGAAGUAG